AAUAGACUCGCGAAGGAGCAAUGUCAGUGGUGUCAAACGUCAACAUGUAUUUAUAAUCUAAAAUAUUUUAUGUAAUUAACAAAAUAGUUCAGAAAUGCUGCGUGUAACAUUUGGUAAAAUUCUGAACGGGGCAAAAUUGAGCCCCAAACAUAUAUGCGUCGCUACAAGAACCCAAAGCGGUGAAGUAAAGAAACCUGAAAAGAUAGAAGUCUUUAUCGAUGAUAAACCUGUUUAUGUAGAACCAGGUACAACAGUAUUACAAGCGGCUGCUUUGGUUGGAGUAGAGAUUCCAAGAUUCUGUUACCAUGAACGACUUGCAGUUGCUGGAAACUGUAGGAUGUGUCUUGUUGAAGUGGAAAAAUCCCCCAAACCAGUUGCAGCUUGUGCUAUGCCUGUGAUGAAAGGUUGGCGUGUAAAAACUGAUUCGGAAAUGACCCGAAAGGCUCGAGAGGGCAUAAUGGAAUUUUUGUUGGUAAACCAUCCUUUGGAUUGCCCUAUUUGUGACCAAGGCGGUGAAUGUGAUCUUCAGGAUCAAAGUAUGGCCUUCGGUUCAGACCGUUCUAGGUUCGUUGAUAUUGACUUCUCUGGAAAACGUGCCGUUGAAGAUAAAGACAUCGGUCCUCUUAUCAAAACUAUAAUGACAAGAUGUAUCCAUUGUACAAGGUGCAUCAGGUUUGCUUCAGAAGUUGCUGGGGUUGACGAUUUAGGGACCACUGGUCGUGGAAACGAUAUGCAAGUGGGCACAUAUGUAGAAAAAUUGUUCAUGUCUGAAUUGUCUGGAAAUAUAAUAGAUUUGUGUCCAGUAGGAGCUCUUACUAGCAAACCCUAUAGCUUCACUGCUAGACCUUGGGAAAUCCGUAAAAUAGAUUCUAUUGAUGUUUUAGAUGCCGUAGGAUCAAAUAUUAUUGUUUCAACUAGAACCGGUGAAGUCAUGAGAAUAGUACCAAGAACUAAUGAGGAAAUAAAUGAGGAAUGGUUAGCCGAUAAGUCCAGGUUCGCCUACGAUGGACUUAAGCGACAAAGACUUGUCACACCGAUGAUAAGAGAUUGCAACGGUGAAUUAAAACCUGUCGACUGGGAGGCUGCACUUUUAACUGUUGCUAAAGUCAUUAAAAAUGCAGGGCCUCAAAUUGGAGCUAUAGCUGGGGGCCUGGCAGAUGCAGAAGUCCUUGUAGCUGUCAAAGACCUUCUUAAUAGGUUAGGCUCUGAAGCUCUAUGUACCGAACACACAUUCCCCUUAGACGGAUCUGGUACCGAUCUUAGGUCAAGCUACUUAUUAAAUAACAAAAUAGCUGGGGCAGAAGAAGCAGAUUUAGUUCUUUUAGUGGGUACUAAUCCUAGACUUGAAGCACCUCUCUUGAAUUCAAGGCUUAGAAGGGGCUACAUACACAAUGAACUCCAGGUGGCUUUGAUUGGUCCAAAAGUUGAUUUGCGCUACGACUACGAACAUUUGGGCGAUGACACGAAUGUGCUCAAAGAAAUCGUCGGUGGACGUCACCAAUUCAGCAGUAAAUUGAAAUCGGCCAAAAAGCCUUUAAUAAUCGUUGGAUCAGAGGUAUUGGAGAGAUCAGACGGUGCUGCGAUUUUAUCGGCUGUUCAAACUCUUGCCCUUAACACAGCCAGUGAAGAUAAGGAGUGGAAGGUUCUCAAUAUCUUACAUAAAGUUGCUAGUCAGGUAGCAGCGUUUGAUAUUGGCUACACUCCAGGUGUCGACAAAAUUAGAGAGGGUAAUUUGAAAGCCUUGUUUUUAAUUGGCGCAGAUGAAGGAGCUAUUGAUAAAGCAGACUUACCUAAAGAUUGCUUCGUGAUUUACCAAGGUCAUCACGGUGACCAAGGAGCCUCCAUUGCUGAUGCUAUCCUACCUGGUGCUGCAUAUACUGAGAAGCAAGCAACUUAUGUAAAUACAGAAGGAAGGGCGCAAGAAACCUUAGUUGCCGUAACAGCACCUGGUCGGGCGAGAGAGGAUUGGAAGAUAAUCAGGGCACUUUCCGAGAUCGUCGGAGCUAAAUUACCUUACGAUAACUUAGACGAAAUUCGUGACAGACUGGAAGAAGUCGCACCACAUUUAACGAGAUACGGGUCUGCUGAAGACGCAAACUAUUUUAAACAAGCAGAACAACUAGCGCAGAAAAUAAAGACCCAAUUAGACAACUGCACUCCCAUCGAUGUUAAACUUAAGGAGCUUCAGGAUUAUUUCAUGACCGACUCAAUCAGCAGAGCUUCUCCCACAAUGGCGAAGUGCGUACAAGCUGUAUUGAAACAAAAACAGUCAAAGUUCUGAGUGUAAUAUACUAAGUAAUUGAAUUGUUAAGUUAUUUCUAGUAAAUCAGGUACCAUUUUAAGAAGAAAACUGUAUAGUUUUAAAUUGCAUAUUUGUUUUUUUUUUUAUUUCUCGUUAUAUGAAGCUGUUUCUCGGAUACAAUAAAGUUAAUAAAAGUACUACAAGUGUUUUAUCAGCUUUUAUGAAAUAAAGAAGUUUUUUCUUUCAA